AUGUACACGAUAUCACAACUAUCACCAAAGUCCAUUAUGAGCGAGAAACUAGCAUUAGAUGACGUCCUACAGACAACGCAAACAGAGAACUUAUCUUUUAGGAUAGAGCCUAGCGCUAAAUAUAAUUUAGAUAUCGAUAUAGAGCCCGAGGACGUUUUAAAGGAAGAAGAGAUUGAGAACCAUAUUAUCGUGGCUCGAUCAGCAGACCCGAACGACAGGGAAUCACGAUCUAUUAAUAAUGAGGACAUACCCACAUCGAAUCACAACGAAGAU